UCAUUUCCGGGAGCAAUGGAAUCGAAGCGUACAGUUAGUCGAAAUUUCAAGGAAUUUUGAGUAAACACACAAAUUUAAAAUAAAGCACAAACACAUUUCUUCAGUAAUUUACAAACGAGGCAGUAUCCCGUGCAGCAACAGAAUGGCUUCAGGCAUUGAAGUUUCAACGGAGUGCAAGGGCAUCUUUGAGGAGAUACGCAAGCUAAAGCAGCAUCGCUAUGUAAUCUUCGCCAUUAAGCAGGAACGCGAAAUCAAUGUGGAGGUGGUUGGUCGCCGCAAUGCCAGCUAUGAUGACUUUCUUGACGAUUUGCGUAAGGGCGGCCCCGAGGAGUGCCGCUAUGCGGUCUACGAUUAUGCAUACCAUCAUCAGUGCCAGGGCGCCUCCUCCACUUGCUUGAAGGAGAAGCUAUUCUUGAUGCUGUGGUGCCCGAUGCAGGCGAAAAUCAAGGACAAAAUGCUCUACUCCAGCUCCUUUGCUGCACUCAAAAAGGAGUUCAAUGGCGUACAAAAGUAUAUACAGGCCACCGAAUUGGACGAGGCUUGUCGCGAGUGUGUCGAGGAGCAGUUGCGCGUCCUUGACCGCAACUGAGCGAACUACUUAACCAAUAACUCUAACAAGAACAACAGCAACAACAACAACAACAACAACGCACACUUAAAAAUAGCAAUAGCUAGCAAAAAAAAACCCAGAAACAAAAAAAGAAAAACAAAAUCAAGAACGCACCGAUUCACUGGCACCCAAAUUGGCAUUCAAAUUGUUGAGUUGCAUAUUAAGUAAUUAUCUUUAAACUUCUCGGUUGUCAAAGCAUUAUUCCCGUUACACAUAAAGUUUUGCA